CUCUUCAGUGCGUUGACCAUCAUGAGUACGUUCACCACGGAGCCACCCUUAGACGAUGACAUCCUGAGUGAUGUUGUUCCCAGCAAUAUUGUUUCUCGCCAGGCUAGUCAUGGACUAAGCGGAGAGAGCGAGUUUGAGGAAGAUGAGCUGGCCAGUGAACCGGAUCCCGUUGAAGAGCCGGUGCCCAAACGCAGAGGCCGUUCCGCCCUCGAUAGAGAAGAAAGAAAGCAACGGAGACUAGACGCCGAGGAUAAAUUACAGGCCCAGCGCCAGGAAAUGGACAAAGCCAAGCAAGCCGAUUCGAUAAAACGGUACUCCUACCUUCUGGGUCAAACAGAUCUAUUCAAGCACUUUGUGGAUAUCAAGAAAGCUCGCGAUCCGGAGUAUGCUGCUAUGUUAGAUUCAGAGCCGAAACCGAAAGGACGUGGACGAAAGAAAGCAGCUAACAACAACACGCGACACCGUCGGUCGGAGAAAGAAGAAGAUGAGGAGUUGCUGAAAGAUGGAGAAGCCGCUGUUGACGGGAAUGAUCAACCUUUUGUUUUCGAGGAAUCUCCAAGCUUCAUAACGGGUACCAUGCGCGCCUACCAGCUCCAAGGUCUUAAUUGGAUGGUCUCGUUGCACCAUAAUGGUCUCAAUGGAAUUCUUGCGGACGAAAUGGGCCUCGGCAAAACCCUCCAGACCAUUUCUUUCCUCUCAUACCUCAAACAUUACUGUGGCAUCACUGGACCCCAUCUCAUCGUCGUACCAAAGUCUACGCUACAGAAUUGGCGUCGUGAAUUUGAAAAGUGGUCACCCGACUUCAAUGUUGCUGUUCUGACUGGUUCAAAGGAAGAACGCGCGGACAUCAUCGCCGAGCGUCUAAUACCUCAGGAUUUCGAGGUCUGCAUAACCUCGUAUGAGAUUUGUCUCAUCGAGAAAUCUGCUUUCAAGAAAUUCUCGUUCGAGUAUAUUGUUAUCGACGAGGCUCACAGGAUCAAAAAUGUGGACUCCAUUUUGUCGCAGAUUGUGCGCUCUUUCAUGUCUCGCGGACGACUCUUAAUAACAGGGACGCCAUUACAAAACAAUCUGAAAGAGUUGUUUGCAUUGCUAAACUUCAUUUGCCCGGAAAUCUUUGUCGACUAUGCCGACUUGGAUAGUUUCCUGCACAAAGAUGCUACUGGGGCAGACGAAGAAGCGGAAAAAAGCAAAAAGGUGGUGGAGGCGCUCCAUAAGAUUUUACGGCCGUUCUUACUAAGGCGGGUGAAAGCUGAUGUAGAAAAAAGUCUCCUUCCGAAGAAAGAAAUCAAUAUCUACGUCGGUCUUACGGAUAUGCAGAGAAAAUGGUAUAGGUCUGUACUAGAGAAAGACAUAGAUGCUGUCAAUGGUUUGACUGGUAAGAAGGAGGGGAAAACUCGGCUCAUGAAUAUGGUGAUGCAGCUGCGUAAAGUAACAUGCCAUCCAUACCUAUUUGACGGCGCUGAACCUGGACCGCCUUACACGACUGAUGAGCACUUGAUCGAUAAUUGUGGCAAGAUGAUCAUUCUGGACAAGCUUCUCAAGUCAAUGAAAGCUCAAGGCUCGCGGGUACUGAUUUUCACUCAAAUGAGUCGUAUCCUCGACAUCCUGGAAGAUUACUGCCACUUCCGACAAUAUAAUUACUGUCGGAUUGAUGGAGGGACUGCUCAUGAAGAUCGUAUCGCUGCUAUCGAUGAAUACAACAAACCAGACAGUGACAAGUUUCUCUUUUUGCUCACGACUCGUGCUGGGGGCCUUGGUAUCAAUCUGACGACGGCAGAUAUUGUCGUUCUGUACGACAGUGACUGGAAUCCUCAGGCAGAUCUGCAAGCUAUGGAUCGUGCUCAUCGGAUUGGUCAAACAAAACAGGUGUAUGUUUUCCGUUUAAUUACCGAAGGCAGCGUAGAAGAACGAAUGCUGGAACGCGCAGCACAAAAACUGCGUUUGGACCAGCUUGUCAUCCAGCAAGGUCGAACACAGCAAACAAAAUCUGCUAAUAAGGAUGAGUUGUUGGAAAUGAUCACUCACGGUGCUGACAAGAUCAUCAAUUCAACGUCAACGCCGGAUGAGGUGCUGAUAAAUGAAGACAUCGAUGCCAUUAUACAGCGCGGAGAAGAGAGGACCGUUGAGCUGAACAGCAGAUACGAAGGCCUUAAUUUCGAAGAUCUGAGCAACUUCAAGUCAGAAGCGUCUGUCCAGCAAUGGGAGGGUGAAGACUUCAGAAGCGGACGGAAAAACCUGGGCAUGAGUCUUCUGUCACUGUCGAAACGAGAACGCAAGUCCAACUACUCCGUGGACAAUUACUUCAAGGACACGUUACGCGCUGGACCCUCUAAACCAGAAAAAGCUGCCAAGAUUCCUCGUGCACCCAAGCAGAUUGCAAUCCAAGACUUUCAGUUCUUCCCUCCCCAACUAGCUGCGCUGCAAGACCGUGAACUUGCUGUGCACAAGAGGAUUAAUGGUAUAUCCGCCACCCUGCGUGAGGCUGGCCCCGAUGAUACCCCAGAAAAAUUAGAGGAAGAGAGGUUUGCGGCCCAACAGCUGAUAGAGACGGCUGAACCUCUCACUGAAGCUGAGAUAGCUUUGAAGGACUCAUACAUAGACCAAGGUUUCCCUGACUGGAGUCGACGCGAUUUCCAGCAGUUCGUGAAGGGUUUGGAGACCUAUGGAUGGGAUGCAGAUUGGGAAGAAUACGCAUCUGAUAUACAAGACAAGACGGCUGCGGAAGUAAAGAAGUACUUCCAGGUUUUCCAGAAAAAGUGGAAAACACUGGCAGAGUACCCGAGAAUUCAAGCGCGCAUCGUAGAAGGCGAAGCCAAGCGAAACAAACGCGACAUGCAUACUUAUCUACUCCAGCACAAGAUACAAUCGGUGAAAUAUCCUAUGCAUGAGCUGGAUCUCAACUACCCGACGACCAAAGGAAAAGUCUAUACCGAGGAAGAAGAUCGAUACCUAUUACUUCGGUUACAUCACUACGGCUUACAGACAGACGACGUGUAUGAUAAGAUCAAGAGGGAUAUCAUGGAGAGUCCCCUCUUCCGCUUUGAUUGGUUCUUCAAAAGUCGGUCACCUCAAGAGCUGCAGAGGAGAUGCAACACACUGUUGGGCAUGAUAGAGAAGGAAGCUGAGACGACGAUGCCUCAUUUGGUCACGUCGUCGAAGGGCAAGAAGCGUACUAAUGAGGAGGUGUCUGUGACUAAGUCUAAGAAGUCGGCAUCAGCCAAGGUUAAGGUGGAGGAGAGGCCUGCGAAGAAAAAGAAGACGUAGACCGUCGACGGCUAGAUACCUUUGUAUCCAUUAGUGUUGUAAUUUAUGUUUUAGAUAGAGAUUAUUGGAUUUCUUAAGUGAAAUGCGCAAAACUGAUGUAGAUCAUAAGAGCUGUAACGGCUAUCAUGUCCUACCAACAAAAUGGAGCUCAGUACCAGGGCGUACCCCAAGAUGUUGUUUCUGGCGAGCAAUA